AGGGGGCGUGUAUAUAUGUGUUUGUUGUUACUCUAUAGUGACUUUGCGGUGAUAUGAAGGACUUACCCAGUGUAAUUAUUUAUCUCCUAUAUCUUCUAAUUAAUCUAAUUAGUAUAAUCUUUAAGAAAUACUGACGGAUUUUAUCGGACCGUGCUUGAUUUUCUUAAUUAACCGAGGAGGGGAGAUAUUAGUGAUACUUUAUAUGAAUACUACACGAAGUUCACAUAAUGUAGUUGUUGUUGUUAUCAGCAGUUGUUAUCAUCGAGAUUAGAAAAUACAAUUACUGAGACAAAUAUUUACGCGUGGGUAUCAUACAAAGUCACAGAUAUCGUAUCAUUAGUCUUAAAUCUCAACAUGGCGUUUGUGGACCUCCAACUUCUCCUCCAGACGUGUGUGUACUUCGCUACUACCAUCUGUGGCCUCAUCGUCUCCAUUUCUGUGGGAGUUACAACAAUAAAAUUUGAAGGAUCUUGUAUUUUGUAUGGACACUUUGACUGGAAAAACGCGACUGCGUUUGUGAUGACAUCCAGUGCCAAGGCGAACUGCCAGUUGCCCAUCUGGAUCAAUGUGUUUGGCUGUAUAUUCUACUGUGUCGGUGUCGGCAUCUACAGUUCAUAUGCUCUCAAUAAGUCUCGGAUCGACACUUCUAUAGCAUCCCAGAUGUGGGUGAUGCCGUUCGUGUUGACAAACUCACUUCUUGCCGCUCUCGUUCUCAUCUCUUCCUGCCUCAUCAGUGUCGGAUUCUCCAACUUCUGCAGCAAGAUCACAUCAAAAGGAUACAUAAAAAAAUGCGUUGAUGGACAGGACAACCAAUGGACGAAUACCUUCACAAAAGGGAAGUUUAAUGUCGGACGCUUCCACGACCGGUUGUCUUCGGCUGAAGCAGCGACAUGGAUUUGCUUGCUACUGUGUAUUGGACAGACAGCGCUCUGUAUCCUUCGCUUCGUCCGGAACAGGAGGCGGAGAACUAGCGCUCCCGCGAAAUCCAGUACGUCUCCAAAUGAAGAGCUCUCGUCUGACCGCUACAUUUGAGCUUUCAUUGUAAUUGUGCAGCUGACCUUAUACAAUGAAAUGGACAAUAGGCACCGGUCAAAACCCUGAAAUAGUGAGACAUAUUCAAACGUAAGAAAGAAGACUGUUUGGUGUAAAACUAGGAGAAUUUAGUGAAUAGUGGAUGAAGUGAAUAAUUGCAUAAGUUAACAUUGAACUUAUUAAAUAUCAGCCCUAGAAUAUCACGAUAGUGUUCAUUUAUAUUAGCUGAGAUCCUGAAGCAUUAAAUGCAAUAUGCCCAACAAAUAAUCACUAUAUAAAAAAAUCGACAAAAGUAACUUUAUUUUCAAAAAUUAGAUACAAAGAGUGGCGCAAAGUCAAUAUUUAAUGCAUCAUAUCCUAUUUAGAACUCGUUAACACACCAAGUUCGUUGUGAAACAAUUGAACUCGUUUCAUUUUGUGCGAAUGGAAUUAUUUCUCUAAUUUAUCCUCAUGUUAAAUUUAAGUCUUUUUCUUUCUGUAAAGGCAGGCAUACAAAGUAUUUACAAUCACGCACGUAUGAACGUAGCGAUUAAUUGCUUUUACUGUUAUGACGUCACAGUUAUGAAUUAAUUGUAUCUGUGUACCAAACUGAACUAUCUUUUCAAUUUUCACAAUAUACUCAACUUCCGUUUGUUGAUUUAUGUAUUUAAUCACUGCAUUUCCACGUUGAAAUACGAAUAUAUUUGACGUAAAUACAACGUGAUAAAGCAAUUUAUGAUGUAAGCAAUUUAAAUCUCUUUCCUGAAAUGUUUUGUACGUAUUUUUAAAACUUACUCAAAAAAUGAUGCUAAGCGUUUGACUGAUUUAUUGGUUAAUUGGUAAAAUCGAAUGAAACAAAACGAACGACAUGAAAACAUUUGUUGGAACCCACUGCUCAGAUGUCAACAGUAAUCUGUCAGGCUAAGCAUGCAAUUGUGGAGAAGUUAGUCUCGAUCAACCAGACGCUUAUCUCCACUCGUGUUUCGAGGCAGUCUUGAGAGAGGAGGAGAGUCUGGGGAAUGCGAAACUAUGGAGCAGUACAAUUUUGUGAUGAUGUUCAAGCACUACAGUCAUGGUUGGGAAUAAUCACAUGCACAAUCUUUGUUCAAUAUAUAAUUGUUCACGUCAAGGAUUUUUCAUCCAUUUAUUUUUGCAGUUUUUUGUAUAUUUUGUAAAUUAAAUCACCAGUCAAAAAGUUCUUCAGUAAGUGAAGUAUUGAGAAGAUUAGCUGUACAUCUAAAGUGAUAUUAAACGAUUAUUGUAAAUAUUAUUGUAUCUAAAUAUUAGUUUUCAUUCCAUGCAUCAUUAUAUUCGCCACGUCGGUUACACAAGAAUUUGUAUCACCGUUGUAUCCAAAAUCGACAAAUUGGAACAAAAAUAUGUUUAGAAUAAUUUAGCGCCAUUUUACGUUAUGUUAACGUGACGUCAUCAAUCAUUCCGUCCUCGACGUCGUUUUGUCCGCAAUUAUUAUUCUGUUCGAGAUAUUGGGAAGCAACUGGAGAUCAAUCCAGGAUAAUCAUGUGUACAUUUUACAGAAAUUAUAGCAUUGUAUAUAAAGAACAAUUACAUCAAUGUAAAUAAAACAAAAUACCA